UUCAUGUGUUUUUUUUCAUAGAAAAUGCUUGAUGAAGGUUUGGUGGCUCAUGCUUCAGGAGACGCUAUGCGUACUUUUGUCUAUGGCUUCUACUUCUAUGGGAUCGUAGGAGAAAAGGAUGGUCUGACCUCCCAGCUUAUGACCACGGCGGCUGGAGGCUGGUCAGCUGCAGCUCUUGAAGACUUUGCCCUUUUCCAGAGGAAAUGGUUUGAGGUGGCCUUUGUGUUGGAGGAGCGGCGCCCCUGCGACCUUCCAGCCUUUCUCCUACCCUGGCUACCCAGCCGGCCAGCCUCCUACGCAAGUAGGCACAGCUCCUUCAGCCGCAGCUUUGGAGGACGCAGCCAGGCCGCCGCACUGCUAGCUGCUACAGUCCCGGAGCAGAAGACGGUCACCCUGGACGUCAACAACCGCAGUGACCGCACCGAAUGGUGCAGCUGUUAUUACCAUGGCAACUUCUCUCUGAACGCUGCCUUCGAGAUCAAGCUGCACUGGAUGGCCGUGACUGCUGCAGUGCUCUUUGAGAUGGUCCAAGGAUGGCACCGGAAAGCGGCGUCCUGCGGCUUCCUGCUGGUUCCGGUGCUGGAGGUUCCCUUCGCGUUGACGUCCUAUCUGUACGGAGACCCGCUCAGAGCUCAGCUCUUCAUCCCUCUCAACAUCCAGUGUUUGCUGAAGAACAGCAACGACAACCUGUUUGAAGGAUUUGAACCAGAAACCUACUGGGACAGGAUGCAGCUUUUCCAGGAGGCCAUACUUUACAGGUUCGGUUUCAUCCACGAUAAGUUUUCUGCGUCCACCUUUAAUUUCCCCACAGAGAGCAAACCUCAGUACAUCCAUGUUACAGGCACCGUGUUCCUGCAGCUGCCGUACUCCAAGAGGAAGUAUUCCAGCGGGCAGCAGCGCCGCCGCAGAAACUCCACCACCUCCAACAGCCAGGGCCCCUUCGGUGGCGAGGAGAGGGUGGGCUACUACUGGGCCUACAACACCAUGCUGACCAAAGCCUGGAGGACGGGCGUGCUGGGGGACGAGAGGGUGGCCGACCGUCUGCUCAGAGACUUCACCGACUUCUGCUCCAACAAGGACAACAGACUGCUGAACUUCUGGGACGGCUGCCAUGACAAAAUGAACGCCAGCGCGCCCUGAAAACGACUUCCUGUUUUUAUUUAUCCUGU